AUGGCUACUUCAACUGCAACCGCAGCAAUAACGUCCCUGAAUAAUUCCUCUUUCAAGCUCACAGGUUCUUACGGGGAUUGGCGUGAUGAACUUCAAUCUCAGGGAUUUGCGGUGGUAAAGAAUGCGAUUACUCCCGAGAAAGCCAAGUACUACCAACAGAAAGCGCUUGACUGGCUCACGUCAUUCAAUACCCCUCUAGAUCUGAACGAUCAGUCCACAUGGACAGCCGGAAACCUGCCCUUUCAAAGCAAGGUAAACACUUUCAACAAGUAUGGCGUUGCUCAUGAGAAGUUCAUGUGGCAGGCUCGUAUGGAACCCAAAGUUGUGGACGCCUUCGCCAAAAUCUGGGGGACUGAUAAGCUACUCGUAUCCUUUGAUGCAUUGAAUGUCACUUUGCCGAAUCGAGCGGACAAAGCCGCCCAAAAGCCAUGGCCGCAUGUGGACCAGUCACCUUUGCGUCGGGGUCUUCAUUGCGUUCAAGGGAUUAUCAACUUGAGCCAGGCCGGUCCCGAAGACGGAUCGUUGAUUGUGCUUCCACGAUCCAAUACGAUUAUUGAGCACUUUUUCGAUACCCAGACAGACCCAUCGAGUUGGAACACAAACGACCUUCGAUUGAUCAGUGAAGAUGAGAUAAAGUGGUUUCAAGAGCGUGAUAUGAAGCCUAUGAAAGUUAUGGCCGAGCCUGGUGACUUGAUUCUAUGGGACUCGCGUACUGUUCAUUGGGGUGGUGAGCCCAGCGCUCAAAGCAACAUAAUUCGAACGGUUAUUUAUGUAUCAUAUUCCCCUGCCGACUGGGCGACGGCAGAUGCCCUUGAUCGAAAGAAAGAUUCGUUCGACGCGUUUCAAGCUACCACCCACUGGGCUCAUGAUAAUAUCGUUCCCCGCGAAAAGGAAGCUUACCUGCCCGAUGGAAGCUUGGAUCCCCGCAAUCGGUCUGGUCCGCUGGAAGAACCAGAAUAUUCAGAUCGUUUGCUUCAGCUUGCAGGCAUCAAACCAUACUGA